AUGGAACAAAUGCUUGUGGCGCUGACUGAAGCUAUGACACAACAGCAAAGACAACAACAUUCGCCCCCUCCACCCUUGCCGGCACAAGCCGAAGCAGAAAAUAAUGACAUUAUCAACUUGACUCAGAAAUUUAUGAAAAUGAAACCACCAACAUUCUUUGGUGGAAUUAAACCAUUAAAAGCAGAAACAUGGUUGCUCGAAAUGGAAAAACUGUUUGAUGUAUUUCCCUGUACUGAGAUUUCGAAGGUUUUACUGGCCACCUAUACUCUGAAAGACGAAGCUCGAAGAUGGUGGUUCCUAAUUCGGAAUACCGAUGGGAACAUGAUGUGGGCUCGAUUUAAUGAGAUCUUUUAUGAAAAGUAUUUUCCUCAAUGUUUUCGGAAUCGAAAAGUGUUUGAGUUCCAAGAACUUAAACAAGGCAGAAUGUCUGUAGUCGAGUACGAGGCAAAGUUCACCGAAUUAGCCAGAUUUGUUCCUUAUAUGGUGGACACAGACUACAAGAAAGCUCGCAAAUUUGAGGGAGGAUUUGACUUGGACAUAUUUGAUUGA